CGAUGGAAAAGAAUAAUGCUGAAUAUCUCAUACGUUGRAUGUUACAAAUAAAAAGAAGACGAAGCUCGCAUUGAMAAUACCAGACAACGAAMAAAAACURUAGACUAUAGAGGGGCGAACGGAAACAAUGGGAUUCAAAAAAUACCUCCACCGAGCGCACUCGAAGAUUCCGACGUCUCCGAGUUCCUUUUCUUCCGACGAAAGCGAUUCAUCGUUUCGGCGGGCAAGGAGAAGGUCAUCGAGAUGGAAAUGGUCGAGUACAAGGUCGAGUCGCAGCAUGGACGGAAUGAGUUGCGACUCUGGCGAGGAAACAAACAGCGAGGGCCCAGCGAACGACAACACUAGUACUGACGGAGGUGCACCAGACGAUCCGCCUCCAAUCUCGCCCUUGUCGUCACCAGAACUAGUCAAAGCAAUGCUGUACUUUGAAAUAACGCUCAAACGAACGUUUACCCGAGAGUACGUUAAGAAAAAGUACAAGAGGCUCAGUCUUAUUCACCACCCAGAUCGCAACGGCAACACAGAGGAAUCGAUUCAGGAAAUGCAAACGAUCAAUCAUUACUACGACUUGUUGGAGGAAGAGCUUGAUCGACUCGACGAAGUAGAAGAAGACCAAAACGAAGAAGAUCCACCMAUUGUUCCUCGCACUGAUAGCAACAGCACUAGUGAUACUUUCAACGACGACAAGGACAAAGAUAGCAAGAAGGAGCGGGAAGGCAGAACUCGCAGACCCAGCUGGCGUCCGUCGGUUCGACGACGCAGCGCAUCACGGCGCAGAAGCACUUCGACGGAACCCAGUCGACGCAGAAGCUAUUCUAUAGAUGAAAGGAGGCGCCGUCGGCGACGCACCAGUGUUGAGCGGCGACAACGAAGAAAGGAACGCGAGCAAGAACGGCAAGACAUGGAGCGAGAAAUGAAGASAGAAUGGGAUGGCAACGCUAAAAAAAUUAGUGAGUUUCGAAAAAAGCUACGCAAGUCUAGCCGGUGGAACAACCAACGAUCGAUCGACCUCCAUCUCGAUUCGGUUUGGGUGCGCGAUCAAGCCUUUAGAAACUACACAAGGCAGGCACGGGACUACCGCGUACGUGUAGCAUCGAUGAGAAAUGCGGGAGCCCAAGAAUUCACAUCGAAUGGAAGCACAGCCGCACCAUCAAAACCAAACUACGUUCURAUGGAUUGCUGCAAUGACGAAGCUGUGGUCGCAAUGCGAUUGGGAGAAACAGGGAUUGCGAUAGACAUCAUUCACCAACAAAUAGCCAACACUACCGAUGAAUGGAUUCUGUUGAAAAUGAGAGCAUCAACGUCGGCCAAAGCGGGACCUGGUGUAUACGAAUCCUCAUCGAAACGUGGCUUUAACGUCCAAUUGGAUUGGAGCUAUUACAAACGAAUCCUGCAACGCUUAAYACGUCCGMUCGAUGAGGAUGGGAAUUCUAUUCUGCAUUAUGCCAUAUACAUCGAGGAUGACGAGGUGGUUCAGUAUCUGAUACAAAUCGCGCGACAGAACAAGAUAUUCGCACAACUUGUGGUACAUACAAACAACCGAAACAUGAAUGCUAGCGAUUUUGCGGCUGGGUGUACUUGGAACAAUACUACUAUUCCUACCAUGAUAGCUACCCUUACGACUGAAGCCGUUGGCAUCCUCGACAAGAAAGAACGCAGGCGAGCAAAACGGCAACAGCAAGAACGAAAGCCAUGGGAACAUCCCAUAGCGGAGUCUCUCUUCCACGUCUUUCUGUGCCUCGCUGUAGGAAAAUAUAUCACGUGUUCUGGAUGGAUCGUAUCAUGGAUCAUAAUUGCUCUGGCGCAUGUGGUGGAACUCUGCAACAAGUCGGCUUCUUCAGCUUUCAUUUCGAAGGCAUUUUUCUUUGCUCUGCACACGGGAUGGUUUAUAGCGGUGGGAACUGUCUUGAAAACAUCAAACAUUAUCCUAACUCUUGCUGAAAGCAUUCCCAUUCCAUGGCCACUGCAGCUGGCGAUGGUGUCGCCCAUACCAUUCCUCGUGAAAGUUCCAUCCAUACACUUCGAAUAUAUGCUGCGGACUACCAUGAAGAUCGAGUCGGCUUUGAUUUCCUCCCUGGAAUGGAUCAUGUCGCAGAACGAAACGUUCUCGACUGGAUACACGAARCACCUGGUGGAUUAUGCGACGUUGUCAGUCCCCUUUCUCGCGGUGCGCCUGUUUUGCUUCGUCAACGAACAUUAUCAGUAGUUCGAUUGGUGAAUUUCCUGGGUUCUGUUUCGUUCCCAUCCAUUGAUCAUUUGACAUUACGAAGUGGUGGCUUUUUUAUCGGCGGACGCAUACAACUUGGAUCAGAUUUUCCCCUACUGUAGCCUUUGAAGGCGAUAUUACUUAACCGUGGAAUAAAAAUUAAAGAUGCUG